UUAAAAUGGCGGCGUUGAGCAGCGCUGAGUCCCCACCGCCUGUCUUCAACGGAGACGCCAUGGACCGUGACCCGGUACGUGAGAGCGGGUCGGCCGAAAUGGGGACGGCUUUGGAUGCCAUCGGCUCUGGGGGUAUCCCCGGGGGACCUCAGGACAUUCCGGAGGAGGUUUGGAAUAUUAAGCAAAUGAUUAAGUUGACACAAGAGCAUUUAGAAGCACUAUUAGAAAAAUUUGGAGGCGAACACAACCCCCCAUCAAUAUAUUUAGAAGCUUAUGAGGAAUACACAAGUAAACUGGAUGCACUUCAGCAAAGAGAACAGCAGCUUUUAGAGUCUAUGGGUAAUGGGACUGACAUAUCAAGUCCUUCACCUACACCAACUCUUCUUGAUGUAAAGCUGAGUGGGGGGUCUGGUUUUCCUGUGGUCCCCACAAGUCUUGCUGUCUUGCCCACUCCAAGUGAUGUCUCAAGGGGUAAUCCUAAAUCUCCCCAGAAACCCAUUGUACGAGUUUUUUUGCCGAACAAACAGAGGACAGUGGUUCCAGCUCGAAGUGGAAUGACAGUACGCGACUCACUGAAAAAAGCUUUAAUGAUGAGAGGACUUAUUCCAGAAUGUUGUGGUGUUUACAGAAAACAGGAUGAAGAGAAGAAGCCAAUUGGCUGGGAUACUGAUAUUUCUUGGUUAACAGGGGAGGAGCUGCAUGUGGAAGUAUUAGAAAAUGUUCCUUUAACAACACACAAUUUUGUGAGGAAGACAUUCUUUACAUUGGCUUUCUGUGACUUUUGCCGGAAGCUUUUGUUUCAGGGAUUUCGGUGCCAGACAUGCGGUUACAAAUUUCAUCAAAGAUGCAGCACAGAGGUUCCACUAAUGUGUGUUAACUAUGACCAGCUUGACUUGCUGUUGGUAUCAAAAUUUUUUGAACUACACCCUAUCACACAAGAUGUAGCUUCUUCAGAAGGCACAACACCAGUAUCUGGAAUCUGUCCGUCUCUUCCACCCUCAGACUCUAGUGGAUCUCUCUGCCUCCCUACUACUUCUCCUUCCAAGUCCAUACCAAUUCCACAGUCAUUUCGCCCAGGAGAUGAAGACCACAGGAACCAAUUUGGGCAGAGAGACCGUUCUUCCUCAGCUCCUAAUGUCCACAUCAACACAAUUGAACCAGUGAACAUUGAUGAUUUAAUUAGAGAUCAGCCUUUACAGAGGUCAGAAGGAGGAUCAUCAACUGGUCUGUCAGCUACACCUCCAGCAUCCCUACCAGGAUCUUUAACAAAUGUGAAAGCACUACAAAAAUCUCCUGCUCAGCAGAGGGAGCGCAAGUCAUCUUCCUCAUCUGAAGAUCGCAAUAAAAUGAAAACACUUGGUAGAAGAGAUUCAAGUGAUGACUGGGAAAUUCCAGAUGGGCAAAUCAAUAUGGGUCAGAGGAUUGGUUCUGGUUCCUUUGGAACUGUUUACAAAGGAAAAUGGCAUGGAGAUGUUGCAGUAAAGAUGCUGAAUGUUACGGCACCAACACCUCAACAGCUGCAAGCUUUUAAGAAUGAAGUUGGAGUGCUCAGGAAAACUCGGCAUGUCAACAUUCUUCUAUUUAUGGGGUAUACAACAAAGCCACAGCUAGCCAUUGUUACUCAGUGGUGUGAAGGAUCAAGUCUUUACCACCACCUGCACAUCAUUGAAACAAAGUUUGAGAUGAUCAAACUAAUUGAUAUUGCACGACAAACUGCACAAGGAAUGGACUAUUUGCACGCCAAAUCUAUCAUCCACAGAGAUCUUAAAAGCAACAAUAUUUUCUUGCAUGAAGACCUUACAGUAAAGAUAGGUGACUUUGGAUUGGCAACUGUGAAGUCUAGAUGGAGUGGAUCACACCAGUUUGAGCAGUUAUCAGGAUCUAUUCUUUGGAUGGCCCCAGAAGUAAUACGCAUGCAGGAUAAGAAUCCUUACAGCUUCCAGUCUGAUGUCUACGCCUUUGGAAUUGUGCUUUAUGAGCUCAUGACAGGACAACUACCUUAUUCCAAUAUCAACAAUAGAGACCAGAUUAUUUUUAUGGUGGGGCGAGGAUACCUCUCACCAGAUCUCAGUAAAGUACGAAGCAACUGUCCCAAAGCAAUGAAGAGAUUAAUGGCAGAUUGCUUAAAAAAGAAACGUGAAGAAAGACCGUUGUUUCCUCAGAUUUUAGCUUCUAUAGAGCUUUUGGCUAGAUCAUUACCGAAAAUCCACCGCAGCGCCUCAGAGCCAUCUCUAAACAGAGCUGGAUUUCAAACGGAGGACUUCAGCUUAUAUGCCUGUGCCUCUCCUAAAACACCAAUUCAAGCUGGUGGAUAUGGGGAGUUCACUGCCUUCAAGUAGCAAAGAUGGUUCUGCCAUUACAUCCUUUGUCACUUUCUCUAAAGUCUUGUGUUCCUACAGUGGGUUCAUCCAUUUACAAUUAAAAAUUUCAAAGUGUUCUGUUCUCUUCCUUUCAACUUGAAGAUGAACCCUGCUGGAACAGCAAAAAAUAAAAUUAAUAAAAAAGAGGUGAAAUCUCAACCAUAACCAGGAAAGGAAAAGGCAACAAGGAAAAAAGCAGAAUUCUGCUGAAAGCCUGAGCUGCAUCCUGUCGGUUUCCCUUCAGAAAACUGAACUACUAGAAUGGAAGGAAGACAGAAGGAACGACAGAGACCACAACUGUUGCAGAGGAGCGGCUUUACCUUCAUUUCCUAUUAGGGUUUGGGGUGGGAUGAGUGUAUAGCAACUGCACUUUGAAUUUUGGCACUGAAGAUUUGUUGGAAAUAAUGUUGCUUGGUGAAAAUAAUGCUGGCAACUGAUCAGAUAUAACCAGCUAUAUCUAGUUCUGCACCUGCUUCUUCAAGUUAUUCACCAGGUAGAGCUUGAUUUGAAGACUUGAAAACAUUUUGGCGGAAAGAAGGGGUGUAAUUGUGUAAGGUUGGGUAGUUAUUUUUGCUGGUAAUUAGCAAUUGUUUCUGAAGUUGACUAGCUUUGGAACAUAAUUUACUAGUUGCCAGUCUUUAAAUGAUUAAAAAGAAUAUUAAUAAAUAUAUCCCUUUAGAUAUUAUUUUAGAGGUUCUCCACGUGGACUGAGCAUGUUUUCUCAGGGUCUACAGAAUGCCAAGGAAGACAAUUCAGUUUUGAAUUGAAUCUAGACCAUUAUUUGUCUUAAAGCCUUAUGCAUGUCAAAGCCCCAAUCCAUUGCUCAAAGCAGUUUUUUUUUCAUUUGCUUAAAUGAACUCUGCAUAUGCACCAACAUACCAUUAACUACAUAUACAGUAUAAACAAAAGACUGUAAGAAAAUGUUCAGAGUUCUUUUAUUAAGAGAACAGAGUACUAACAUUCCAAAAGCAGUUAAUAGUCUUAGUUAUUUAUUAGUUGCUUAUUGUGCUUUUGUUUCUUAUCUGUGUGGACAGGCAGGCCUGUAAUCAUCCAGAUAUUUUUUGACCUCUUACUAUAGGUGUAAGUUUAAAAUCAAUUUUAAAAAAAAUCACUUCCAUUUUAUAAUUAACAGAAGGAGUUUAAAGCAAUUUCAUGUGGUGCAGCAGCGACAGCAAAUAUUUCUUAUCUUUACUAUUAUUGAAUUUCUCCAUUUCUUAAAAUUAUCUGAUUGGCCAUUCCUUUUAGACAUUUCACUGUGCAUUUUCAUUGGCAGAAGAAUGUCUUCAGGUAAUUAAAAUAUUUUGUGUUUCACUUGUAAGCUUACUUUUAUUUUUAAACCUACUAUAAACUAUAAACCAUAUGUUGUUUGUAUGUAAUGAAUGCUGAUGUAAGCCCUGAGAAACAUGCAAAACUAUAGUAGAGUACAUUAUCUCAUAAAUACUCUUUGAUAAGUCUAAAACAAGCAAAAAAACAAAUCAGUCAAAAUUCUAAGGGAUGAAUGACAACAUUUUUAAGACAAAACACAACUUUUUUAUUUAUUUAUUUAUUUUUAUGUAUAACAUUUUGCAUUCCAGGCCUCUUUCCUUUUGCAGAAUCAGAUACUUUUAUUUUAAAGGAGUGGUUUUGUUAAAAUAGAAGAUUCUGUACCUUCUUCUGGGAAUGCCGUUUAAUUUCCUACUUGUUUAUGUACGUGUGUUUGAGAAUGAAUGAGUAUGUUUAAGUUUUAUUAAAUAUUCUAUUUUACUUAAAGUACCUGGUUAUUCAGAUAUUUAAAAUUUUGGAGCCUUACAAAGGUACAUCCGAAAUUUUCAGAUAGAAGGAAAUAAAUGAUAUGGUGGAAAAAGCUUGAUCCCUUUUUAAUCGAUAGUAUAAUAUACUCCAUAAAGAAUGCAUCCUGUGAUAUAUAUGUUCAGCAUUACUCAGCCCGUUACAUUAUAUUAAUAAAUAUUUACAAUUUAGUCAAGUAAAAAGUAAGGCUUUAAAAUGUCAAGGACAUUUGUUAAUUUGCUAUAAAGAGAAUUCUGUCACUAAUAAGGAAUAUACUUUGUCAACAUUUGACAGCAAUUGGGUUUUGGAUGACUUUUAUAUAUUAAAAAAACAUUUUUUAUUAUUAUCCAUGUGAUGGUUUUCAGGAGAAAGCAAAAAAUAAUCAUUAAUCAUACAUUUAUUUUCCUCAAAAGUUUAUUUCCUAAAAAUGAACACAGAUAAAAGCCUCACAUUUGUCUGGUGAUUAUGUAUAUUCAUUAAAUCAUUUUGUCACAUUUUCAACUGACAAGCAGUUGGCUUGAUACCUUCCUGAUUUCUGAAGCGUGCACUGUAUUGCAAAUAAAGUUUGUUCGGAUGAAGAAGCACAUUACUUUUAAAUUUCAGCAGUUCAUCCUGUUAGUAAAUUUUCAUCGUGAUUUUUCAUUCCAAAAGUAUAUAGGAUGUGCUCUGAAAAUUGUGUGUGAAAAUUCUCCAUUCACACCACAUCUGCGUCACAUUUACGGAAGAUACCUUUUUAGUGUAUAUAUGUGUGUGUGUAUUUAUAUAUAUAUAUAUAAAAUAUAUAUUAUAUAUUUGUGUAUAUAUACACACACACACAGUAUAUAAAAUUAACACUUGAGAUUUCAGAUUGUGCUGCAUGGUGACAUAUGUAGAUGACAAAGGCAAGUUAUGAAUGUAAAUAUCUCAAGUGUUUCUGGAAUUACAGAUACAAAAAGUCCCAAAAAUCGUAAAUGCCAAUACAUAAACAGGAUGGAAACUUAAUGCCUUUAAUGCUUAAGGUGCUGAAUGAACUGCUUAGUAUAGCAGAGGUGUGUUUAUUCCUUGUAGUAUCUUGAAAGAAAUUAUUUUGUUACAGCAUUUACCACAUGCAACCAAAUUCAUGUAAAUAAAAUACAUUUUGGAACUUUAACCUGCUGCAUGCAAUGAAAAACAAAAUAAAAAUCAGGCUCACAUUCUGAUAGCUUAUAAUAAAGAGAAUAUUUAUUCAGUUAUCAUGGUAUAAUAUAAUUAAAAUGCAGAUCAUGUUUUUUGAUACCAGUAAACUAAUGUCCAAUGUGCUCUUUUCAUUCAUUAUGAAAAUAUUGCCACUUUCAUAAUGAUUCCUGCCAAACUUAUUACCACUUUUACAUCCAUAGCAGACUAUGCAAGCAACAAUCCCAAACGUUUGUCUUUAAACACCUUUUUUAUGAAUGCUAUCCUUUCUCUUAUGUUUUUUUCCUAACUCUUCUGUGCCCCUUUUAGAAAAAAAAUGCAGUCCUACCAGCAGGUGUCAUAAAAUUCAUUAGUGAAAUGUAUGAAAUUAUUAAAUCAACUGAAUGUGUGACUUUUAUAGUAUAAGUUGCAAAUAAACCAUGUUUCUCUGUGUUAUGACAGGCAUAAUGUUUUUGGAGAGUAACAGACUAUUUUGCUGGAUCAGCCUUAUCAUUGAACACUGUCACUGUUAAUGUCUUAAACCCACACUGAUAUCUUCUCAUUUUGUAACAUUAUACAACUAAGGAAUUAUUUAUAUAUAUAUAUAUGAGAGAGAGUGAAAACUGGUGAAAUAUCUUGAACGCCAAUUUACUUCCUUUGCAGCCACUGUGCACUAUUUUUAGUUUAGUUUUGAUGCUGCCUGUUAUAAUAUCGUAGAAGAGAGACCAAAAGACCUUUCAUAUAUAUUUAUAGUUCACCAACCAUAUUGUUCACUGAAAAGUUGAGGAAAGUUUUGGCCCAUCUGUAGCACCAUCUUAGUUUCAGAAACUUUCACAUUCCUGAAAAGGUAAUCCAUAGUCUUUGUUACAGUGGUGCAAUGACAGGGCAGCCCAAAACAGCAAAAGAUGAAUGAAAGGUGGUAUAAUCAAAAUACGUUACAGUGGUGCAAUAGACAUGCAUCAUCCUUUUGCCAUUUGGGCACAUUUAUGAAAGGUAACCUGUUCAAUGCUUAUACGCUUUUGUAAACUUAGCGUGUAAAUGAGGUAAGAGUCUGCAGGAGCUUUACAUGUGAAACAUCAGCCAGUGUGCCUUGCAAUUAAGGAUGCAGUUUCACAACCGUGGACACAUAAAGGUACUAGAUCAAAUAGGCAAUAAACAAGUGUCAGAUGUAAGCGUAGGGUUUAAUAGAUGCUAGUAAGUAUUUCAGUAACAGGAUUGAGAUACUAGAUUCAGAUUUUUAAUAAGUCAAAAAGAAAAUGUGAAACAUUAUGGAUUUUACUUGUGGAGGAAAAGGGAUUUUAUAUGAUAUACAUUUGCUUGUGUGUAUCAUUCAAGAAUUACAAUUAACACUUUCUUAGAAGUAAGCUCUGAUUUUGUCAAAUAUAUUCACAUUAGACACAUUUUCCUCUGAAACAGGUCAUAUCAUCUUGUCUUCUUACAUUCUUGUAUUUAUGGUUGAACACAAACUCUUAAAACGACACAAAAAAAGUCCAAUGUUACAUGAGUUUUAUAGCUUUUCUCACCAGCUCAAAAUCUGUUAUGCUAAAAUCUUUUUACAAGGGUUCUUUAAAUAUAUCAUUUUCAUUUAUUCAUACUAUUUGCUAUUUACUCACUCUGAGUGGCUUACAAUGUUAGGCAUGGAAGUGCAAGAAGUGAUACUAAUUUCUCUAAACCAGUGCCACUGUAAUCUGUAAUUCCAGAGUCACUCCGAAAAGAUGUCUCAAUCAUUAUGGGACUAAUGAGGUAACUGUAUGCAGCAUCCUGUUUGCCUGAAAGCGCAGCAGUUCAGGGUAUUUAUAAAACUGGAGGGUAUUGCAAGUUUGUAUUACAAAGACUGACCACAGUGUAAUGGAAUUUUUCAUGAUUUUCAGUCAUGUGCUUUACAUUUUUGUAGUAAUUAUAUUUACUGUACAGAGGAGUUCAGAUGAUUUACAUCUGUUUAAUAAAGGAAAAUAUCUUCAUUCUUUAUUUUGGAUGUGCUUUCACCUGCAGCCAAUCUAAAACAUGUACAUAAAGUAUGUAUGUGGAAAUGUGUGGUUUUUUUUCUUUUAAGUGAGGUAAAAAUUGUUUUUUUCCAAAUGAUACUUUUAUGUUUUAUGUGGUUUUUUUUUUCUUUUUUUGUCAGGCCAGAUGUAUUAGGCAAUCAGCAUCACUAAGAUUCCAUUCUUGCCUAAUUGUCUGGCAUAAGAACAAUGCAUUUCUUCACUUAUAUUUUGCAUAUGUUUGUUACAUCACUUGUUUACAAAGAAAUGUACAUUUUUGAGGUAGAUAACUUACAUAUUUCAUGCUUAAAAUAAGCAAAUAAAGAGUAGCCGGGUUUAAUUUUUUUAAAUCCAUAUAAACUGCCAAAUUGUACUUCUGACUGGGUACUGUAAUUGUUAUAAAAAUUUUUAUUGAAGACUUAAUCUUGACAUUUUAUUUAAGAGGUCAAACUAUAUACCACUGCAAGUUUACAUAGUCUUAAUGUAUUUAAUGUGAAAGGGAUUUGAAGGUUUUUUUUUUUUUUUCUUUCUUCAUUUGCUUGAUGUAGCAGCACUGACCAUCCACCCUGUUCCCCCAUUUCCCUCCACCUCCCAUUUUGCUUUGAGGCCAUAGAGGCUCUUGUUGGAAAACGCUGCUAAAGAGAGAAGAGAUGAAACAAUGAGAUUUAUGUUUUAAAUUUGCUCUAUUUAUUUUAUAUCUUUAUUUUUAAAGAAGAAAAUUUUGUUACAGAAACAAAUGUAUGUUUUUAGGUUUGUGUUCCAUAUUGUUGCAAUGCACAAACUUCUGAUUUGGAUGUCAGUUUUUAGCUUUGUACAGUUUGUGCUUUGUCUCUUCAUAUCUUCAGGACAUUUGUGUCCAUUUCUUUGAUUAUCUCCUAAUCAAUUCUUGUUUCUCCACUUUGUUUCAGCGUUUUGUUGUGCUGCCAUUUUGGGGAUGAUUCAUUUCACUUGUAAAUUUGUAAAAUGGAAAUACUGUCAGUUUGCUAGAAAGCAUGGAGACAAAAAAGCAAAUACAAAAACAUUUUGAUAGAUAUAAAUUCUGAAAAUUUAAAUCUUUAUUCUGUGUAUAAAUAUUUAAAAGACUGUAUUAUAUUAAAGGCAAAAAGGUAAAUGUAUUUGUUGUGAAUAUGAGAAACUGAUAUAUUAAAGAAGUGCAUGGCAACACUCU